CUCGUUCCCUCCCCCUAAUUUCAUCUCCCUUGACUCCCAAAAAUCAAGGAAAAAAAUAAAAAUAAAAAUCUCAGCUUUGGCAAACAAAAUGGUGAACGCAACGGAGCUCUGGCGAACCCUCGACCACUCGAUCGUUCACUACACCGGCCUAUCUCCGGCGACUUUCUUCACGAAUCUGGCGCUGGCGGCCGCGUUCUACCACGUGGUCUCCGGCUGGAUGAAGCCGCCGCCGCCGCCGCCGGCGCACGGAGCAGGGAUGCGGAGUUCGAGGCGGUGCGAGCCUCUGCCGCCGCCGGUGCAGUCCGGGGAGGUCACCGAGGAGGAGCUUAGGGCUUAUGAUGGCUCUGAUCCCAAGAAGCCUCUGCUUAUGGCGAUCAAGGGUCAGAUCUAUGACGUCACGCAGAGCAGGAUGUUUUAUGGGCCUGGGGGUCCGUAUGCAUUAUUUGCUGGUAAAGAUGCUAGUAGGGCAUUAGCCAAGAUGUCAUUCGAGGAGAAAGAUUUGACUGGAGAUAUUUCUGGCCUUGGACCCUUCGAGCUUGAAGCCCUCCAUGACUGGGAAUAUAAGUUCAUGAGCAAAUAUGUUAAAGUGGGAACGGUCAAAAAAACCGUGCCCGUUACAGAUGGCAGUACUUCUGAAACAGCUGAAGCAUCCACUCAGACAACCGAAAGAGGCACCGCAGAAGGCCAAGCUGAGCACGGUGAAGCGAAGGAAUCUGAAUCGAAGGAAAGUGCAGCGGAGGAAACCAGGGAAUAAGUGUCGAGAGCUCCAGUGCACCGAACCUGUUCUCUAUGUACUCAAAAUAUGUAACACGUAAAAGGGUUCUUGUUGUAAUGAUGAUAUGUGCCUUAUGUAGCGAGGUAAUAAGUUGGGUGUUGAGAGUUUUGCCUCUGUAUCUUUUGGUGCUUUCGACAUAUCUGAGAUAGCCACUGAGAGUAAAAAUGUUAUACUUCAGAUGUUGCUUUCAGGUGAUGCGUCACAUUUUCACUUUCAGAUGUUGUAAUUUGUUCUGUGGCUGUGCCUGUUUAAGUAAAAUUGUUGCCAGGAACCUUGAAAGGGUUAGUUGCGCA